UCCCUAAGAUUGAGCGUUGUCCCCUGGACCGCCGCAGGUGCGCAGGCGCAGAUCUCCCUGGCUGGCCAGGGCUAGGGAUGGAGGGAAGCUUUGCUCCUGGGGCAACUGGACAAGAGUCAGGGUGUGAGCAAGGGCGUGAUGUGGGCGUGAUCCCCAAAGAGUAAGGGAUUGGCGCAGUGAUGCUCCAGACUGGUCCAGAGCCGCGGAUCCUGUGAGAUGGACUGGAGCGUUCUCACCGACGCAGCACCCUGAUGGUGAACCCUAGAGCACCGGGGACCAGCUCUUCAGAAAGGUGGAGGGGUUUGAAGACAGCCCAAAUCCAUCCUUCUUAUGCCAAGACUUUUGCCUGGUGCUUCAGCGUCGAAACAUCCUGGAACUUUGGGUGCCUGGGCAAGUCCCCAUCACUGGGGCUGGGAGAAAGGACUUGACAAAAGCUAAACAUUAAGGUCGGAGUUGAGGAGGGGUGCCCGCAGAGGCCUCUGGGUUCCUCAGGCUUGAAGAGAGACGUGAGGAGUUCUGGGGUGGGGGCUAGAGAAGAGCCUCUGGGGGGGGUGCAGAAGCACCUGGCCCCCUUGGGGAGAGUAGCUGAGGAAGCCUCCUGGGCUGGAGCCAGAGAACUCGCACGUAACGGAUCCUCUCCUGACCCCAGUGUGCCUCAGACACCCCUCAUUGUGUCCUAGGUUUAGAGUUGAAAGGGACCUCAGAAUUCUCCUCCCAGUUUCAUGCCAUUUUUCCUCUCUCUCUCAUUUCUCCACCAGAGGGGCCAAGGCAGUCUGGGUCCCACUCCACUCUGCUACCCCUUAGUCUGAGCAGGGGAGUCCUGCCAUCCCCGACACAAGGUGACCCCACAGAACCACAUUCUUCCUGCCCUUCUGACAUAAGCUAAGGAGGAACAUGUCUUCAUGGCUUAGUGCCUCCCAUGGAGGCAGCAAGGUGGCUCAAUGGGUAGUGUGCUGGCCUUAGAUCUUGUCUGUGUGACCUUAGGCAAGUCACUUAACUUCUGUCUGCCUCAGUUUCUUCACCUGUAAAAUGAGGGAGUCAGGUUCAGUGGUCUCUGUGGUUCCUUUCAGCUCUCAAUCUAUGAUCCUCUGACUGGAUCCUUUAGACAGGUUCUAAAAGAGACCGGUUGAUAUUCUUUUCUUUGUUCCCCCUGCCUUCCUCAUUCUUCAGAGAACCCUUCCUUGGGCAGUCUGUUUGCAUCCCUUUCUUUCCCUCCCCCAGGCUCUGUCACAUGUGCCCGGAAGCCAAGUUAGGGCAUGGCUUUCCAUCCCCUGCUCCUGACCUAGAAGGGCUUCAGAACAUCUGCAGCAAUUCACCCCAAACCCCAGGAUCUCAGGUUCCUUAGCAGCCUUGUGGUUCGUUCUUUUUGGGAAAAAGAUUCCCUCCUAUAAAAUUUAUCCGAUGAGUGGGGGCCCAGCCUGUGCUGCCCCAACGCAGCCCCUCUACCUGGGGAUGGCUCUCACCACUGAGCCAUCAUGUUUCUCUUGACAUCAAGCCUAAAUGGGCUCUCUUGGUAACUUCUGCCACUGGCUCCUGGCCUUGUCCACCCACUGUCCUGAGCUCUGCCGUCAGAGGCCAAAUCGAACAAAUCCUUGCGUCUCCUGCAAACUAGGGAAGGGAAUGGAAACAUUUCCCUUGAUGCAGAGAGGAAGCCUGGCGUUGGUGUGGAUGGGAGCUGGCCUUGAUGUCAGGAAGUUCUGGGUCCAAGUCUGCCUCUGAUGCUUCCUACCUCUGUGACCUUGGGCAAGUCACUUCUAUUUUCUAGACUGAAGUGGUUCUUAACCUGGGAUAUGUGAACUAAAGUCUUGAAUGACUAUUUCAGUAUCAAUGGUUUCCUUUAUUUUAUGCAACUAGAGACACCACUGUGAGGAAUCCAUGGCUGCCCAAGGGGGUCCGGGCCCCCUUCUGCUUGUGGAUGCUGGCUGUGUGACCCUGGACAGAACGCUGCGCCUCUUAGUGCUCUAGAUGGCUCUCUUAGGAUUAGGGGUAGCUGAGCAUUGCCACAGGGAGGUUCCUCAUGAGAGAGCUUCUGACAUGAGUAAAACCACAGAUUUGGACCCCUUCCGUCCCCCUCAAAAAGAGAAGCAACUGAGGCAUGGAGACUGUGAGUCUCAUAUUCAGGAUCACCCAGGACAUAGUGGGAAGUUCUGUGAGUGAUUCUCCCAGUUGGGCCCAUAAGCUGUGGCUGUGAUCUGAGGAGAGCUGGCAAGGCUGCCCCCAGGCUCUGGUGGGAUUGUGGGGCCCCCCAGCCAGCUGUGCAUGGGGACCUGUACCCUGGCAGGUCUGGGAGCUGCCUUCUUUAACUGGGCUCUUACCUCUUUUCUUUUCCCCCAGCUUUGAUUUCUCAAGAUUUUGUCUUUCCCCAAAUGACAGAAGUGAAGAAGAUGAAGGAAGUGACUUCUGGGUCUCAGAUGGCCUUGCCUAAGCAACCUGUGACAUUCCAGGAUGUGACUGUGGACUUCACCCAGAAGGAGUGGAGGUGCUUGGAGCCGGCUCAGAAGGACCUGUACCGGGAAGUGACACUGGAGAACUAUCAGAACUUUGUCUUCCUUGGGCUCCCAGUUCCCAAACUAGAUGCGAUUGCCCACUUGGAGACAGAUGAAAUCUCGCAGCUUCGGAAGAGAGACAUCCCCAGAUGCACUUCUGUAGCUUCCUUUACUCAGAAGGCAAUAUGUAAAUCCAAGAAGUCAAUUCCAAAGGAGGAUAUUUCUAUGAGAGGGUCAUCCAAGAAGAGAUUCACAAAGGGUGAUCCCCGCCAUCCCAAGUUUGAAAAAACUCAGGACCAUGAUGUCAGUCUAGCCAGGCAAAAGGGCAAUACAAAGAGACAGCACCGGCAAUCAGCAGCCACUCACAGAAAACCUAUUAAUGAGUCAAGUGUUCGUGAAUUUAAAGGAAAGUUCAGUCAAAAAGGGAAGUUCAGUCAAGCAUCAGUUCUUCUGAAACAGGCAGAUCCAGUAAGAAAACGUCUCCAUAAAUAUAAAGGUAAAAAAAGUUUUGAACAGGAUUCAGAACUAAAUAAAUAUAGUAAACGCUCCUUAGGGAAGACACGUUCCAAGAAGUGCAGAGAGCCCUUCAGUUACCAUUCAGACCUUAUUCAAUACCACAAAGCACAUUCUAGAGAGAAACCCUAUAAAUGUAAUGAAUGUGGGAAAGCUUUUAGCCAGAAAGGGAACCUUAAUACACAUAAGAUAAUUCAUACUGGCCGGAAACCUUUUGAGUAUAAGCAUUGUAAGAAAACUUUUUGCAACAAUUCAAGCCUUAUUCUGCAUCAAAGGAGUCAUACUGGUGAGAGGCCCUUUGCUUGCAAAGUAUGUAAAAAAGCUUUUAGCCAGAAGAGGUGCCUUAGGCAACAUGUUCGAAUCCACACUGGAGUGAAACCCUUUAAAUGUAAGGAAUGUGGAAAAAAAUUCAUCAAUAAUUACCACCUGACUCGACAUCAAAGCAUUCAUACUAGAGAGAGACCUUAUGUGUGUGAUGAAUGUGGAAAAGCCUUCAGCCAGCAGGAGUACCUUAAGAAACAUCACAGAAUCCACAUUGGAGAGAAACGCUUUGAAUGUAAUGAAUGUGGUAAAGCCUUCAGUGACAAUCACCACCUAACUCGACAUUAUAGUAUUCAUUCUCAAGAGAAGCCUUAUGUAUGCAAUAAAUGUGGGCGAGCAUUCCCUAACAGUUCCCGCCUUGUCGAGCAUCAGAGAAACCAUGCUCGAGGGAAACCCUAUAAAUGUGGUGACUGUGGCAAGGACUUCAGGCACAAAUCAUUUCUUGCACAACACCAGAGGGUUCAUACUGGAGAGAAACCCUUUCAGUGUAAUGAGUGUAAGAAAGCUUUCAGCCAGAGGGGAGAUCUUAAUAAACAUAAAAAGAUUCAUGCUAGAGCGAAAGAUUGCCAGUGUCAUGAAUGUGGGAAAAGUUUCAGUCACAAAAAAUACCUGGCUGAACAUCUGGAAAGUCAUUCUAGAAGGAAACCCUAUAAAUGUAAUGAAUGUGACAAAGCCUUCACCAGGAAGAAGUACCUUACUGAACAUCAAAUAACUCAUUCACAAAAGAAACUUUAUAGCUGUAAGGAAUGUGGGAAAAACUUCAGGCAAAAGAAAUUUUAUAUUAAUCAUAAGAGACUUCUUCAUUCUGAAGUAAAACCUCGUGAAUGUAGUGAAUGUGGGAAGGUUUUUACUAAUAUUGUUUCCUUUAAUGACCAUCAGAAAAUUCAUGUGAAAGAGAAACCCUUUCGAUGUGAUGAAUGUGGAAAAACGUACGGCAACAAUUACUGCCUUACUCAACAUCAAAAAACUCAUUCUGGAGAGAAAUCCUAUGUAUGUAAUGAAUGUGGGAAAGCUUUCAUUCUGAAGGGAGACUUGAAUAAGCAUAAGAGAAUUCAUACUGGAGAGAAACCUUUUAAAUGUAGUGAAUGUGGGCAAGCUUUCAACCGGAGUGGAAACUUUAAGCAACAUCAGAGAAUUCAUACAGGAGAGAAACCUUUUGAAUGUGAUGAAUGUGGAAAGACCUUCAGGCAGAGGCAAAAUUUAAAUGCACACAAGAAAACUCAUACUCGUGAAAAACACAGUGAAAUAUAAUAAUCUUUGGAAAAUUGUUAGCUUGAUGAAACAUUCUAGGAAUAUCAGAGAAUUUGUGCUGGAGAGAAUCCCUAUAAAUGCAUUGAAUGUUGAAAGCCUUCAACCUGUGUUUCUCCUGAGAAAGGAUGAAAGAAUUCAUAUUGCAGCAAAACUAUGAAUAUAAUUGACCAUGAUUGUAGUUUGUGCCCCAUCAGAGAUCUGAUCCUAGAAAUUAACUGUCAGAGAUAUUAUCAUAUAGGAGAAGCAUCAUAAAGACUUAUAAAUUGUUAAGUUCUAGAGUCAAGAUCUCAAAUUUUGUAACAAACUAUAAAAUUGUUUUGGUAUUUUUAAGAGAGAAAAAUAACUAUGCUCCUUUGUACACCCCCUUCCCCAUGAUGUACAUGUUAGCUGCCAUUUGGUGACAACUGGGUGGCAUAAGUUUAGGAUCUGAAGUAGCACCUAAACUAUAAGAGCUCAGAAUUGGUUUAAUAAAACAUUUAGGUAGUGGUUCACUUUCAUGGCCUUUUAGAACCAAGGACCAAAAAGAUGGAAGGCACUAACUUAAAAUAACUUUCUUGCCUUGGCUGGAUUAUCCUUAAUAUAGAGACUGCCUAUAUCUCUUGAGGUGUAAAUUAAUUACCUCUGGAUUGGAUAGUUCCAGGAAAUAUUAAUUGUAGUGGGAUAGAGUCAUAGCAUAGGUCAGUCAAUCCGAGCUAGAAGAUUCCAUGAAGAUCACUUAGCUAACUCAGUCUGGGUCACAGAAUCUCAGAGUUGAAAGGGACCUUAGACACCAAUUGGUCUAAGGUCUAAGUAACACUUGGACAUGAAUCCUUACUAUAUCAUAUAUGAUGUCUAUAUUUUGAAAAAUAAUUUUAUUUAUUUAUUUAAUUUUUUUGAUGUGAGAAAAUUAUUACCAGGGGCCCCCUUGCUGAGAGAGCCUGGCUGACCGUGACUUAAGGUCAGGUAGUUACCUCACAAAGCCUUGUUCAUGCCAGAGGAUCUGAACUCUGACCUCACGAUUCAUGGACCGCCAUGGAAGUCACGUCAAUCAAUGGACUUGAAUGCUACCAGCCAAUUAGCUAGGAGCAGUGUGUGAGGACUGCCUCUCUUCCAGACCUGCAGGGAGCUUCUGCGCUCACAGGCACAGGAUCUUUCUAUUUGUGGCCUGGGACUCGUGGGGGAAGGCAGCUUUUUCUUCUCUCCCGUAGAUCCUAGGUAGGCUUUCCUAUCUUUCUGAACUUCAUGUGUUCUCUCUUUACUC